ACACGAACAAAAAAAGGAGAAUAAAACAGACUAAAUUAGUAUCAACUUUCCGAUACAUGUAAUUCAUUUCAGCGCUUUUCCCCUGUAUAGGGCUGAUCGUAGUGGACAUGGAUGCCCCUCUUCCCUUUUAACCAGCCCAGCCUGCCUUCUUUCACAGUGCCCCAGCCUGGAUGAAUGGUGAUGAGACAUUGUUGAACCAUCAGCAGCAGUGCUUAGCAUGAACAUCCACACACUGGGUGAUUCUCUGGGCCCUAGCCUUGCGGUGCGUAUGAGCGGAGCCGCCAGUGGCUGGAGCAGUCUCUCUCUGAAGCCAGUGCCUACUGGGUGGAUCCCCUCUCUGUUCCAAACCAUGGUCCCUACGGGAUACACCAAGCUCCAGGAGGAGCGUGGUCUGGCCAUGGCCGACCUGGGGCCCAAACCUGAUGGGAACGGCUACCGGCCUGACCCCCCUCACCUGGAGGUGCGCCGGCACUCGGACCGGGUAGCGCGGACAUCCGUUAGCCUGUCAGACGGUGGGGAUGUGCGGUACUCUGAGACUGAGCCCAUGCUCCCUGAGGGGACACUCUCAGGGGAGGAGGGCGAUGUAGAGGAGAAGGAGGAAGAGGAGAGUCAGAGGCCCCCCACACGGAACAUGCCCAAGGAGUCGCCCCUGGCCAUGGCACUGCAGAUCGUGGUGCCUUUCCUGCUGGCUGGGUUCGGCACAGUGUCAGCAGGGAUGGUGCUGGACAUAGUACAGCACUGGGAUGCCUUUAAGUACAUUACAGAGAUCUUCAUCCUGGUUCCGGCUCUGCUGGGCCUGAAGGGCAACCUGGAGAUGACCCUCGCAUCCAGACUAUCCACUGCGGUGAAUGUGGGGAAGAUGGAUUCUCCCAUAGAGAAGUGGAAUCUGAUCAUAGGAAACCUGGCGUUAAAACAGGUACAGGCUACAGUAGUAGGCUUCCUGGCAGCAGUGGCGGCAGUGGUUCUUGGUUGGAUCCCAGAGGGGAAGUUCCAGAUGAGUCAUGCCGUGCUGCUCUGCUCUGCCAGCGUGGCCACUGCCUUCAUAGCCUCAAUGCUGCAGGGCUUCAUCAUGGUGGGGGUGAUCGUGGGCUCCAAGAAGACGGGCAUCAACCCCGACAAUGUGGCUACACCCAUCGCCGCCAGCUUCGGUGACCUCAUCACCCUGGCCAUCCUGGCCUGGAUCAGCCAGGGACUCUACAACUGCCUGGACUCUCACCCGUACGUGUCGUCCCUGGUGUGUGCCUUCUUCCUGUCUCUGACUCCAGUGUGGAUGGUGAUCUCCUCCAAACACCCGGCCAGCCGCACCCUGCUCUACUCCGGCUGGGAGCCUGUCAUCACAGCCAUGGUCAUCAGCAGUAUCGGAGGACUCAUCUUGGACAAAACCGUGUCUGACCCGAACCUGGCUGGCAUCGUGGUGUACACCCCUGUCAUUAACGGUAUUGGGGGGAACCUGGUAGCCAUCCAGUCUAGCCGUAUCUCCACUCACCUUCAUUUCCACAGUGCUCCUGGGGAGGUACCAGAGGAAGCCAAAGGCUGCUACUACCCCUGCCGCACCUUCUAUGGCACAGGAGCCAAUCACCGUUCGGCCCAGGUGCUGCUCCUAUUGGUGCUCCCGGGUCACCUGAUCUUCUUGUACACCAUCCACCUGAUGAAGAGCGGCCACACCACCCUGACGCCUAUCUUCAUGACCGUCUACCUGGCUGCCGCCCUCUUACAGGUGUUCCUGUUGCUGUGUAUAGCAGACUGGAUGGUGUACUCUAUGUGGCGUAGUGGUAAAGACCCAGACAGUUUCUCCAUCCCCUACCUGACCGCCCUGGGCGACCUCCUGGGCACUGCUCUCCUGGCCCUCAGCUUCCAAUUCCUGUGGUACAUCGGCGACCAGGACAGCGACGUGGGUGACUGAGAUGACCCCUGAUCCCUGGUAGAGGGGUCACGCCCGUGCCUCUACCCCGACCCAGAACCCCUACCCCUUCUCCUUCUCUUAUGCCUUGCGGGGUUGUUGACGUUUAGGCGGUUUGCCUCGCUCAGCUAUUGGUCGCUGGAACAUUCCUCUGCCUCUCCUAUUGGGCAGAGUAGCACUUAACAAUAUGCUGAUUGAGCCAAUGAGGAGCUACAGAUGUUCAUUUGGAAGAAAAAAACGAUAUUAUUUGGAAAGACAUUUCUCUGCAUUUGGUUCCUUUUUUCCAUUCAACCAAUGACAUUGCAUUCUAAAAUCAUAUGCUUCUUACAGUGCAAUUUAUUAAGAGAUUUGACCGUUGUUGUUUCGUUGCAACAAGUCACUUAUAUCCGGUGGACACAGGCAAAUUUAGCUGGAAGCCUUCAGUUAGUGAGAUCAACGGGCUGCAGUGUUUAGUCCUGACAGAGGGGGAGAUACAUGGACAGACAGGGUGAAGAAAGGCCAGGUUACAGGAGGUACACACCUGGCCCUUGACAGCUAGGGCCAGGGUUUGCAGGGUUAGUCGCUGGAUCAGCUGUUUUAGAGCUGGGAUGGAACAAAAGCCUGCACACUAUGCUGUUGUUACAGACUAGUAUUGCCUUCCCCUGGUCCAAAGCUUUAUAUAGUCUAUACUAGAGCACUGAGUCUACUCUCAGCCCAGACGAUAUGCAUCUCACUCUCUUUGGAUGCACUUCGUUUAGGCUCUCAUUAAGGUCAGUCACAGAUUGAACCUCAGUUGUUUUAUCUGUGUGGGGUUUCAUGUGGCCAUCUGUACCCUUAGUUUUGUUUUGCAUGAUCACAAGGAAGGACAAAUAGAAUUGGGGACAGCAGCCUGAUCGUGACAGUUAAUGGUACUCAAAGGAAUGUAUUGGAUACCUGCUAUUUUUAUACUUCUCGAGGGACUUGAUUCUUUGCUCUUUCUCCCUCUUCUCCCCCCCCCCCUCUCUAUCUCUCUCUAUCUAUCUAUCUAUAUAUAUAAUGGCGGUCCAGUCACACAGAGUAGGUAAUAUUGUGGUGUUAUACAGUCAGGUACCAUGCGAUCAUGUAGUUUUGACCGUGGACGUUUACACGCCACGCACUCUGUUUACACGUAUGUACGUAUGUUCACUACGGUGGCUCUCUGCCGUUAAUAUUCCAAUGAAAUGUGCCUGCGGAGAUUCACAGGGUGAUGAGAUGUUAUUCUUUCUGAUGCCAUAUUCCUUUAGUUUUCUGUUGGGUCUGUUGUUUUCUAACCUCUAAUAAUGUGCUGUUAAAAGGGUUUGUUGUUUUCAUAUUCGCAAUCUGUUCUCGGAAACGGACCACGAAUUACCUUUUUGACUCAUAAAUGUUUAAUAAAUAAAUAAACGUCCAGCAUGAAUAAGCUGCUUACAAAUGUGUGAUUAUACUGAGUGAAGAUUUGCCGGUCCCUCAGAGAGGUUAAUUGGAUGUUGUAGUAUUAGUGUUUGUUCAGUCAAAGCUCUUGUCUAAAGAGGUUUAGGAUGAAAUGCCGGUAGACAGGGAAGAGGUUUAGGAUGAAAUGCCGGUAGACAGGGAAGAGGUUUAGGAUGAAAUGCCGGUAGACAGGGAAGAGGUUUAGGAUGAAAUGCCGGUAGACAGGGAAGAGGUUUAGGAUGAAAUGCCUGUAGACAGGGAAGGACAAGAUCAGCUCCGAUUGAGACAAAUCCGUGUAUACCGACACUUCUCUGCAGUAAAGCAAUGUUAUGAUUUGAAGUCUACCACACUGGUAGAAAUAUAUUGUGUGCUCUGUGGAUGCCCUCAGGAGAUCACUGGACAAUCACUGUCUCUAUCUCCCCCAGUCUCCAUGGUAACACCAGUGUGGUAUUUCACCUUUUAUGACCUCUCUCGAUGAACAUGCCUACACACACAAGCUCUUGUCUGUCUGCCCUCUUCCUGUCACUGCUUCCGUCUCAUUAUGUCUUCUCAUUCCCUCACUACUUCUCUCAUUCCCUUCCUCUCGUUCUCUAACCAUUCUUUAUUUCUCAGAGCUCUCUCUUUCAGAUGUGAGAGACCAGAGAGGUGGGAACAGCACCCCCAGAGACAUGUUGACAUUACAUGCUCCUUUGGGUGGACACUAAUAUUAAAAAUGCCAUAUCAUAUCAACUGGUGUGUGAGGUUAUGAUAGCUUGGCUAUGUCACCUACAGGCCGAUCUGUCUCUGUGGAGAGACAUAUACAUGUUAGGUGUCUCUGUAUACAUGUCUCUGUAUACAUGUUAGGUGAUUUAGUUUGAAAGGUGUCGCGUCAGAUUAAGAUUAUAGAAUUCAUUGGAAGUGUGAAGAAGGGUUUACUGUAAUUGCUGAAGUUUUACUUGGCAUAGAGUUGGAAAGAGAAUAGAAAGAGAAAAGCAUUUGAAUAACAGCGUAUGGACUCAGUCCGACAGUGGUGAAAUAGUUUUAUACAUUAUAGUAUCUCUAGAUUCUGACGCCUUGGAAAUGGAGUUGCAUGGUAAAAAGGAAAGAUAUAUUAUCUGAUUCUGGACAUCAAAGAUGAGCUUGAGCAGUAUUCCUUAACCCUCUCCUGGGAUAGAUCAGAACAUGAACCUUUAAUGCUUGUUUCUGAAUGCAUCACAGUCCGUUGUCUGACCAAUACUUAGUAGAUCUGAUGGUGACAAGCGUUCCAACCACCUCCACCUUUUAGUUCCAACUAGGCCUAAGUAGGGUUGCACAUUUUGGGGAAUAUUCAGAGGUGGAAACUUUCCGUGGGAAUUAACAGGCAUUUAUGGGAAUUAACGGAAAUAUAUGCAAACGAAUAUUAAUACCAUUUUAAUGUAGAUGUUUUUUGCAUUGGUUAUAUUUACCAUAUCAUAUGGAGACAGAAACAUAAAUAUUUUACCUUAUCAUAAGUAAACAUAAUUGCAAAUUAUUAAAUCUUUCCAAUAGAAAUUUUAAAAACAAUUUAGUUACAAAUUGAACUUUAAUUAAAUGAGUUUACUCUUCACAUGGGAUGAUUUCACUGAACAACAAAAGAGAAUAUUGAAUGAUCCCCAAUGAUCCAUCGCAUCUCACAGAAACCUUUUCAACAUACAUCUGUAAAAUGGUAGUCUAGAAACUAAAGCUUAGGUUGUCUACCUCUCCAGCUUCCAUGUCUUCUCCCUGGAUCUCCUUAAUGUCCACCUCUUGAACAUCAGACUCUGAGGCCUCAUCUUCACUGUCACUUUCCAACCUUGUUAAGGAUGUCUUGUUGUCAGGCUCAAAAAGCCUCAAAUUUGCAAAGAUGGCCACCAAUUUUUCAACCCUUGUAUUGGUCAGCCUGUUGCGCGCUUUGGUGUGUGUUCCCAAACAAGGACCAGUUGCGCUCUGAAGCGGCUGAUGUUUGUGGGAUUUAGAGGAUGAUGGAAGCAACGGGUAAGAGCCUCAGCUCCACAAAGUUCCCUCCACCAGGUGGCUGAUGAGAUAUGUUGGCACGACUGCCAUAUUGCAUCUCCAUCUCAAAGCCCUUGCUUGGAAGUGUACUUCGCCAGACUGCCAAGAACCUUGCCCUCAUCCAGGCCAAGAUGGCAAGACACGGUAGUGAUGACACCAUAGGCCUUGUUGAUCUCUGCACCAGACAGGAUGCUCUUGCCAGCAUACUUGGGGUCCAACAUGUACGCUGUGGCGUGUAUGGCCUUCAGGCAGAAGUCUUCACGCUUUUUGAUGUAUUUCAGAACUGCUGCGUCCUCUGCUUGGAGCAGAGGUGAAGUGGACAGGGCAAUAUGGAUUUCUUCUCUUACAUCUGCAAGCAGAGUCUGAACAUCAGACAGGAUGGCAUUGUCUCCCUCAAUCUGUGCAAUGGCUACUACUAUAGGUUUCAGGCUGCUUACCACUCUCUCCCAAAACACAUCAUCCAGGAGACUUCUCUUGAUGGAGCUGUCCAUAUCGUCAGACUGUGAUAUGGCCAUUUUUUUGGAGAGACUCCUUCCCCUCCAGGAGACUGUCAAACAUGAUGACAUCACCAUUCCAAAGGGUGUUGCUGGCCAGCUUCAAUGUGGUGCUCUUAUUCUUCUCACUUGCUGCUAUGACUUGAUGACCCCUUACAUACCUAACCUUGGCUCUGUAUCCAUUUUAUUCAGUGCCUUGAUAUACUUGAGGAGCAGAUUCAAUGCAUGAGCAGCACAGCCAAUGGGUGUGAUGUGAGGGUAGGACUCCUCCACUUUAGACCAAGCAGCCUUCAUGUUCGCAGCAUUGUCUGUCACCAGUACAAAUACCUUCUGUGGUCCAAGGUCAUUGAUGACUGCCUUCAGCUCACCUGCAAUGUAGAGACCGGUGUGUCUGUUGUCUCCUUGUGUCUGUGUUCUUGUAGAAUACUGGUUGAGGGGUGGAGAUGAUGUAGUUAAUUAUUCCUUGCCCACGAAUAUUCGACCACCCAUCAGAGAUGAUUGCAAUACAGUCUGCUUUCUCUAUGAUUUACUUGACCUUCACUUGAACUCUGUUGAACUCUGCAUCCAGCAAAUGAGUAGAUAAAGCAUGUCUGGUUGGAGAGGUGUAUGCUGGGCGAAGAACAUUCAGAAAUCUCUUCCAAUACACAUUGCCUGUGAGCAUCAGAGGUGAACCAGUUGCAUACACAGCUUGAGCAAGACAUUCAUCAGCAGGAGGACCAUGAGCUGUUGCUAUCGAUAAGGUGUGUGAAUCAUAAUUUUCACCUCGAAUAGAGGUAGAGGGACUUUUGUCAGAGGUUGCUUGUUGUGAGCGCUGAGGGAACUUUAUGCACUUGGCCAGAUGAUUCUGUGUCUUUGUUGCAUUCUUCACAUAUGAUUUGGCACAGUAUUUGCAAUUGUACACAGUUUUUCCUUCUACAUUAGCUGUAGUGAAAUGUCCCCACACAUCAGAUAGUGCCCGUGGAAUUUUCCUGUAAAUAU